UUCGUGAGCGAGUUGGAUUCGAAGUGGCGGAUGGGAGCGGAUCUGCUCCUGGUGUGCUUCGACCGUGCUCCACUUGUCCCCGCAAUCAAAGGACGCGAGCAGUCGGGAAGGCCGGACAAGAUUGGGGGAUGCGCUCUCUCGCUCGACCCGACAUCGACGGACGCCAUUCCCCCGUCGCAAUACCAGUCAUGCCUUCGUGACAACCAGAAGGCAGCGCGAGAUGGUAUCGCCGCGCACCUCGCCAUGGACAUACUCGACAAGAGGUGGACUGGAUACUGCACUCCCAACGGAGUCGUGGCAUUUUACGGUGUCGGAGGUGAGGCUGGUUUGAGAACAUCUGAUGCCGCUAACCCCGCGGUCAGCUCCGGGGGGGGCGUACAGGGAGGACCGGCCACGUCACCAGAGAUACCGGCGCCGGUCGGCAGCGUCGAAAACAGCACCGUGCGCUCUGGCGGGGACGGGACCGAGGAGGGUGGAGUGCCAACGGUUGCGGAAGAGGACCCUCUUCUUCACUACCGAAGGGGCGCGGACCGUUCGGUACAACGAGAACGUGGCCCCAACAUCGGCGAAGCCGAGCUGUCUCUCGUCCACUUCAUCGUGUGGGCCAAAAAUGGAGAGGGGGCGGUUGAAGUGACUGUGCAGAAGGUUGUGGGUGGUGACCCGAAGUACAUAUGGGUAAACAGGGUGUUCGCCGCCAUCAGGGCCUCAGGGACGGCAACGAAUCUGCGUGGCCCACGACGGACUCCGGUUUCCAGGGUUGGAUUCCCGACGACGAUGAGAAGGUACGCCUUUUCGUCCUUGUCUACCUACCUGCUUGCUGGUUGCGACUUCCUGCCUGCCAUACCGGGUCUACCUUUCGGGACCAUGUGGGCUCUUGCUCUGAAGAGCGUGCGGACGGAGGGUGUGUUUCGGACGUCUAUCUUCGUGCGUGAGGGUGGUGUAUGGGGCGUCAAGAUCGACGAGUGCAUCAAGUUGUUGGCGACCAUAUUCUACUUUAAGUAUGAAGCUGUCUUUGCUCGUGGUGGACAGGAGCCCGGCUGGAUUCUCCGUAUGGUCGACGGCGAUGUCGCACAUUACGUCGACGUCAUCCGGUUGCUUAUCCUCAGGCGUACUUCAAAAUGGGCUACGUCAACGUGCCCUGCGUUCGAGUCCAUGCGCCAGAAGAGCGAGCGAGGCCGUCAGGUGCUUGGGUACUGGCAAGACGGCUAUUUAGAGGUGGUACCAGUACGAGACUUCAACGGCAAGGGAUGGGGGGUCGACCCGAAAGAGGGGGGGACCAGCUCGGGGCACAUGACAGCGGAAACUGCGUGCUAUGGCUGUCUGAGGAUUCUUUCGUUGGCACCGACAACAACACGCAAACGGAGAAAUGUGAGUGCAAACCGGCCCCGGGCGGCCGCACAGGCGGCCGCUAGGCAGCAGGCAGCCGCUAGUCAGCAGGCAGAUGCGCCGGAUGGUUCGAGAGGGACCGAAGCGAAGGAUGAGGAGAAGGAAAACGAAGCGCGGGAUGAAAUUCCCGAGUGGGAGUCCGAUGAGUCCGCCUAUAGCGAUGCCUUCAGCGACUGGGGAUCAGACAUGUCGAAUGGCGGGCCGGAUGUAGGGUGGGGGAACGCGGAGGGAGUCGAAGGUCCAUGGGGGGCGACGGGAGCUGACUGGUUUUGA